ACCCUAAUAUUCGACUUCUCUUUCUCUCUGUCUUCCUGCAUUUUCCCUCUCUAAAUUUCAUACUCUAUACAAGACUUCAAUUUCAAAUGGCGACGGCGGGCGAAGGAGGAGUCACAACCAACACAGACGGCAUCGCUUCCUCUUACGAUGGUGGGGGAGGAGAAGGGGUGGGAGGAAGGUCCCGCAGGAGGCCGUUCCGUAGAGCCCAUCAUACGACGCCGUACGAUCGCCCUCUCACUGCUUUCCGAGGAAUUACCACCGCAGCGAUCAACAAUAUCAACUCUAGCUGGUUGAAUAAGCUCGUGGUGGACCCGGCCUCCAAGCUCAUCUCUUAUGGGGCUCACCGCUUCUUUGCCUCCGUUCUUCGCAAACGUCUCCCACCUCCUCCCCAACUAACAGAGGCAAAUGAUGAAUCGAGCGACGGGCUUCAGGAGGCGAUUCCUAAUAGUCAAUCUGGCCCAAUAGAACCUGCAGGUGGUAAUAGUAGUCAUCCAGUAAAUCGCUCUGACAUUGGUGGGAUAUCUGAGCUUGAGCAACUGUUAAAGCAGAAGACAUUCACCAGAUCUGAGAUUGAACGCCUCACGGAACUUUUACAUUCACGAGCUGAAGAGGUGCCGGUUGGCGAAAGAACUCAAGAAGCAUUACCAGAGCUAGCAUCCAGUUUAGGAAGGCAUCGACAGUUCUCGAGUAGUCCAUUGGAAGAAGAUAGAAAUGAGAGGGAUAGAUAUCAUGGAGUCAAUACUACUAUAGCCAAUUCGAGAAAAUAUUUCCAGGUCCUUGAGGAUGAUAUUGCUUCUCCAGCUGAACUUGCAAAAGCUUACAUGGGCAGUGGGCCUUCAAAGAUAUCACCAUCAAAGUUGGUGAUGCGCAGUCAAAUUGGUAGGGAAGAUGCUAGAUUGCUUGGCAAUGUUCCAUUUACUCCAAAAUCACCUGUCAUGUAUUCGACAACCAAAGUUGCUGUUAACAUUGGGGUUCCAGAGAAUAGUAUUAUAACUCCAAGAUCUCGAGGCAGAUCAGCAAUUUACAACAUGGCUCGUACUCCUUAUCCCAGAGUUAAUCCAACAGCCAUUCUCAAGGGAAAUGGAUCCACUAAUGUUUAUGGGGGAUCCUCACUUUCAACAUCUCGGUCUCUACUGGAGAAUGAUUUGUCUAAACAAGUGAGCUUAAAACGAAGGAGUUCAAUAUUUGAUGAUGAUCUUGGAGAAGGCGGUCUCAUGCGGAGAAUCCGACAAAAACCUAAUCUCUUGUCUCCUAGAAUUCCUCGUUCAGCCGGUGGAGCGGUAAUAGAUUUUGAUGGUGUUCGAGGAUCUUCGAAGCAGAAGCUUCCAUUAGUGGAUGAACCAAAGCAUAAGCUUUCAAUAACUGUUCGAAAGAAUGAGAAUGACAGCAUUCCAAGCACAAGUUAUGCUCAUGUUCCUCCUAAGUCCACUGAGGUGGCCUCAAGAAUAUUGCAGCAUCUUGAAAAGCUAAGCCCGAAGGAAAAAUCAUCGGAUCCUCAACUAGUUGCCUUGUGGGAGAAAACACCCAAUAAAUUGACACCAAAUAUGCUUCAUGGACAAGCUCUGAGGAGCCUGGAGCACGUGGAAUCCUCAAAGUUGCUGCAAGAUGUCCAUGAUGACCAUAAGUUGGAGGAUUGGCCCAUUGUUACUUUACAUGAUGCACAUGACUUCUCUUCUCAAACGAAAGGCAGAGUAGAACCAAGAGGACCAAAAGAUUUUGCUAUCCCUCUUGAUAAGUCGACUCUUGCAACGAACAAUGAUACCACAGGAUCAUUGAAAGCUUCUGUGCCCAGUGUUGAAGCAUUUGAUUCUGUUAAUAAAAAUUUUGCAGCUCAACCUCCUAAAGGAAACAAGCGUUUAGGAUGAGUGCACAAGAAGAUUCCUUUGCGCUGGAUGAUGACAUAAAUUGCAAUGGGGUUGGUCCUAAACUAUUUUCUGAAGAAAGAGUGACUAUGGAAACCUCUCUUAGCAAGCCCUCACCUACUGAAGAACUAAAGCUGGAUCAAACUAUAUCUCUGUCAGAAGAGAAGUCAGUUCUGGAUCCUAUAUCAAGCAAAAGAAGUGACAUGGGAAGUGAUGGCUCUGCUUUUUCUUCUUUACAUGAUACCAGCACAGCUUCAGAAUCAGUGGUGCUCACUCAACUAGUCUCUGCAACUGACAAACAAAAGGAGGCUAAUGAUUUGCAUCCCUUGUUUAGUUUUAGCUCCAAAACUG